AUGUUGAAUCGGUCAUUUCUUUUAUCUCUUUCACUUGUAAUUCCAACAAUUAUAUUAGCCGAUGUUGAUUAUGCUCUCGAAUGUAACAAAGGAUAUCGAGUAUCAGCUAUUCGAAGAGCAAAAACUCAUUAUAGCACUCUGGGUUCUCUUACAAUUGAAUGUGAACAAAUAGCUUUACCAGAAGAAACAACAUGUUCACAUCAACAGAACAUUCCCAAAUGCACCGGACUGUUGGAAGGCUGUACGGGAAACAGUUUCUUAGGAGGCUUCCAUGCAUUUCUGCUCGAGAACAUUACUCAAGCUGUUGUUCUAGACCCAAUCUGCUGUUCAGCACCGUCAGUUUCAAUAGAUUCUAAUGGUUGUAUUCAUGACCAGUUAAACAACGCUAAAGAAGAUUUUUCUCAUUCAUUAGUCUCGGAUUUGCUAUACCGCGGAAUUCAAUGUUGGCAUCAAUAUGGACAAAACCAUACUUUGGUCGAUCUGUUAUGGAAAACGGAGAUUUGUCCAUUUGAUUCGAGCACUUUCCCCCUCGUUGCUGUCGAUCCUGAUUGUGAAGACUGUGAUUGUCCAUGUGGAAUUGAGCAAUGCACAAAUGGUGUAGAACCUGUGCGUAUUGUUCAUAAGAAACGGAUAGGAAAGUGCGGCUGUGAUUGUUCAUGUACCUUCAAGUGUAUUGACUAUUCUUAA